CCUUUUUGAAUUGUGCUCUAACAGCAGGCAGACGCCUUCUCGGGACUAAUAUGAAGUAGUUAUCUGUCAACAAACUAACGCAGCAACAUUUUGACAAUUUUGAACGCAUACAGAUCAUCAUGCAUUGACACCACACUUGAAAUUCAACGGAGAAAUGUUUCAUAUGUUAUGAUUGUUUUGGACCGAAGAGGACUUAUCAUUAUUUCUUCAUUGUAGAGUUGACUCGCUAGCUAGGUGGCUAGCUAAGUUAGCUAAAGGGCUUUUUGAAUUUGACGGUAGCUAAAUUUAGCUCCGCUUACUACAUUUUUAUUUUAUUCUUUUUCUCUAAGGUACCAGCCACAGGUUGUUUGGACGGUUCCCUGCCUCCAUAGGAUCCUGCCAUGGCUGACAGCAGCAUACUAACUUUAGGGACAGCUCGAAGUCUGUUGCUGGAUUCUUCAGUCUGUGAUUCGAGGAUCGGCGAAACCACCAAGGAACAUGUGUUCCUGGGCAUGGCAUAUGAAGAUGGGGAAGACAUGCUGCCAAAAGUGGAGACGAGGGUUAUUCUUGUGGGAGAAGCUGGCAGAAAUGGAGCGCUGGUCAAAGCACUGCAGGCCAUCAGAGUAAUGGAGGUACCGGUGGUAAAGAUAAGAGAAGGGGAGGCAGGAGCCGAGGAGAAAACCAUGAUAAAAUCUCUAGUCAAUAUGGACAUCAACACCCCUUACAUUAUGACAGACAGCAUCCAGGAGUUUGCAGAUGGAGAGAACACUGAUUUUGAGACGGUGUUCGUCCUCACAGACUUUGAUUCUCCUGACUACAGCUACCUCUACAAACGGGACAACCGCAUCGUCGGGCCUCCUGUCGUGCUGCGCUGCGCUGCAAAGGGGGAACCUCUACAGUUUUCAUGUCGUCCUCUCUACUCCGCCACCAUGCUGAACCUCUCGCUGUGUUUCACUGGCUUCAAAAACAAGGAGGAAAUUAAGAACUUGGUGAAUCUGGUUCAUCACAUGGGGGGGACCAUCCGGAAAGACUUCAGCACCAAGGUUACUCAUCUCAUCGCCUACUCCACACAUGGAGAGAAAUACAGGCUGGCAGUGUGCAUGGGGACGCCGAUUCUCACUCCAUCAUGGAUUCAUAAAGCCUGGGAGACAAGAGAAGACGUGCUCUUCCAUGCAGGAGAAGAGGAGUUUCGAACAGAGUUCAAAGUGCCUCCCUUCCAGGACUGCAUCCUCAGUUUCCUGGGUUUCUUAGAUGAAGAUAAGGCCAACAUGGAGGAGAGGACUCUCAAACAUGGUGGCACUUAUCUUGAGGUUGGAGACGAGCGCUGUACACACAUGGUGGUGGAGGAAAACUCAGUAAAGGAGCUGCCAUUUCCUCCUUCCAGUAAACUCUUUGUGGUCAAACAGGAGUGGUUCUGGGGAAGCAUACAGAUGGACGCUCGGGCCGGAGAGUCCAUGUACCUCUACGAGAAGAACGACAGCCCGGCCAUGAAGAAGGCCGUGUCCCUGCUGUCCCUCACCACCCCCAACAGCAACCGCAAGCGCCGGCGUCUCAGGGACACGUUGGCUCAGCUCACCAAGGAGACGGAGAUCUCUCCCUUCCCCCCCCCACGCAAGAGACCCUCGGCAGAGCACUCCCUGUCCAUGGGCUCUCUGCUGGACAUCUCCAACACCCCCGACACCUGCAAGGCCUUGGCAGAAGACAGAGUAGGGAACAGUUCAGAGAGCAAUGCUGUUGCCAGGAAUAAGAUGAGAAGGAGGAGAACCAGGGAAAGAAGGAGUAGGACAGACAGGGAAGAGAAGAGGAGGAGGUCCUACCAGGAGACUCUUCAACAACAAGAAGAAGAGGAGCAGCAGACAGGAUCCUCAGAGAGCUUAAAGCCUUCCAAGAGUUCCACUCCGGUUGUUUCCAAGCAGUCAGCCAGGUGGCAGGUCUCCAAGGAGCUCUAUCAGACUGAGAGCAACUAUGUGGAGAUUUUAAACACCAUACUACAGCUUUUCAAGAUUCCAUUGGAAAAAGAGGAGCAGGUGGGCGGACCCAUCCUGGCUCAGGAGGAAAUGAAGACGAUAUUUGGCAGCAUCCCAGAAAUCCACGAUGUUCACACUAGAAUAAAGGGUGACCUGGAGGAUCUGCUGACAGACUGGUCAGAUGACAAGAGUGUAGGAGACAUCAUUCUCAAAUAUUCUAACGAUAUGGUGAAGGCCUACCCUCCCUUUGUCAACUUCUUUGAAAUGAGCAAGGAGACUAUUGUUCGUUGUGAAAAACAAAAGCCACGCUUCCACGCUUUCCUCAAGAUCAACCAGUGCAAGCCAGAGUGUGGCAGGCAGACCCUGGUGGAGCUGCUCAUCAGACCUGUACAGAGACUGCCAAGUGUGGCCCUCCUUCUUAACGACGUAAAGAAGCACACGCCAGAUGACAACCCAGACAAGGAAAAGCUGGAUAAAGCAAUCGAGUCUCUGAAAGAAGUCAUGACUCACAUCAAUGAGGACAAGAGGAAGACUGAAGGCCAGAAGCAGAUCUUUGAUGUGGUCUAUGAAGUCGAAGGCUGUCCUGCCAACCUGCUGUCCUCCCACCGCAGCCUGGUUUAUCGAGUAGAAACCAUCGCCCUGGGAGACCAGCCUUGUGAUCGCGGGGAACAUGUCACACUCUUCCUCUUCAAUGACUGCCUCGAGAUUGCGAGGAAACGAAAAAAGGUGAUCAAUACGUUUAAGAGCCCUCUGGGACAGACCAGACCUCCACCCCCGCUCAAACACAUCGCACUGAUGCCGUUGUCUCAGAUUCGGAGAGUGCUGGACUUGCAGGACACAGAGGAGUGUGCGAAUGCGUUUGCCCUGGUGGUUCACCCUCCGACCGAACAGGAGAACCUGUUGUUCAGCUUCCAACUGGCUGGAGAGGAAACAGUUAAAGUUGCCUGGCUGCGAACACUUUGCCGCCACGUCGCCAACACCAUCUGCAAGACUGAUGCGGAGGACCUGAUUCAGAGCACAGACCCUGACAAGCUCCAGGUCAGCACCAAGGAUAUGGACAGCACCCUGAGCAAAGCCUCCAGGGCCAUCAAGAAGACCUCUAAAAAGGUGACGAGGGCAUUUUCCUUCACUAAGACCCCCAAGCGUGUGAUCCAGAGGGCGUUCAUGGCCAACAACACUCCUGAUGAGAAAAGGCUGAGUUGUGAAAACCGCAUCGGCAGCAGCGCCACUCUGGCUAUGUGUCGCUCUACCUCCACGUUCAGUUUGAGCGAUUCUGCCAAGAGCAGUGCAGUGGUGCAGCGCUCUAACUCCCUGGACCACCCUCCCGUCAGAGCCAGGGUCCCCGUCUGUAUCUGUACCCCCUGCAGCCCAGCACAUAGCCCCGUCCGUAAUGCUGCCCCUGAUAGCAGCCAAAGUCCCAAGUUUGACCCGAGUACCAGAGAAUCCAGGUCCAUUCUCCAUGCGCCAUUAUCCCAACCAGCACAAGCUCAGUCAGGCCGCUCCCCUUCCCGACAGUCUUCUUCAGUACGCCCAACCUCCGCUUCCAUUCCAGCUGUCCCAAACUCCCGCCCAAAGUCUAGCCAGCUUGUGUACAGACACCUCCCCUCCGUAGGGUUCCAGCCUAGGUUCCCAACUCAGCAGCCCAUUUAUGUCAAAGGCAGGGAACCCCAAGCCCCCCUGGACCCAUGCAAGGCUACCAUGACCAGUCCUCGCAGGGAGACUCUGCUCUAAACCAGCGCUAAACCCAACUCUGGACUCUGAUGCUCGCCAUUCCCCCUCCAUGGUCAACCUGCAUUCCAUGUUUGAGAGGAAGUACCACACCUUCAGCCGAUCAACCACCCACCUCAUCUGAGACACUGAGCACCAACAAGGGGCCACAUACUCUUUUUUUUAUUCACUUCCUUUGCCUUUGACUGCCACUAAUAGACCUGUGCGAGUCUAACUUGGUCAAAAAUUAUCCAGCUACUGUUAAAGUGCUUCAUAGCUUGGACGGAGAAGAGUUAGAACAAUAGACCAAUUGUUCAUCAACCUGGAACGUACCAUUCAACUGGUAGAAAUGUGCACCUUACAAGGCAGUUUGGUGCAUCUUUCCAAACAUGCACAACGCUGUCGCUAGCAGCUAACUGGAACGGUACGCCGCCAUGCUACAGGCUUAAUCUACUCUUAAAUAUGAAGGAUGCUCUGCUUUUUAUCUGUGCUUGUAAUUGGAUUACCUUGACACAUCUACUUUUUUUGUCUACAUACUUCAACUGUCACAUCUUCGGUUAAUACGUCAUCUGUUCAGCUUCCAGUUUAGUUACCUUUUUUGCAGUGUUAACACUAACUAUGGAGCAAGUAAACAUCCCGUCUGUCGCUCUAUACUUGUUUCAUGUGCUUGGGGAAAGUUGGUUCACAUUUAAUCGUAGACGUUGUUGUUUUUUUAAUUACCUUACUCUGGAAGAGUCCUUUAUAAUAACUGACAUUUAAUGUUGUUUUAUCGUAGUGGGGUAGACUUGAUUUCACCUGAUUUAUAUUAUUACCCGUGAUUGUAAUUAACCUGCCUUUUAAAAUGUAAUCUUGAGAUAGUUUCCAGAUUUUAUAAAGCUUCUAUUUUAACAUUUAAGAGAUUCAGUUGAGAGGAAUUCAAGUUCUUAAGCGCUAGUUCUCUUAACAGCCAUCCACGUUUUUUAAAUAUCUUUUAACAAAGUAUCUGUGUGUAUGUCUAAGGAGUGCUGCGUCACUGUACAUAUUUAUUUUUUGAAGACUCUUUUUUGGUUUAUUUUAUCACUUUCUAUUUAUUUUAUUUUAUAAUUGUAUGUCUGUUUUUUCUCUUAUGCUGUAUUCAAGCUACAGCUGUCUCCGUUUGUGUAAUCUUUAUAUUAAAUGCACUUAAAAAUGUAAAUUCAGGUAUCCCUUAUUUUAGUUUUACUUCUGUGUGUGUGUCUUUUAUCACCAAACCAAUAUAGAAAUAUAAAUUCUAUAAAUGUUUAAGUGAUUCGGUUUAAUUAUACCAAGUCCAAGACAUUAAUAUGAUAUAAGUAGGUAUGUAUCGCUUAUUACACGGUUAUUACACAGAUACAUACUAAAUAAUCUGAAGACUUCACAAUAUAGAUUUAAGAAUGAUCAAAUUGCGUGAGCUAGGAAAGAAUUGUCCGCUCCACUGUGUACCAACGGCUUUCUUUUACGCUAACCUGUCUUUAAACGGAGUCCAUAUCGUGUUCCCAUCAAUGUUUCCUUGUCUGUCUUCUUCUGCUGUUCGCUUUAGCAUUACCUCCUGUCUGACUUUUUCUGUUGAUUUCUCUGAUGGUCAUUGGUUUUAACAUCUUUUCUUUUCUGGGGACAUUUUAGCAAUCGUUAAUCCAAAGUUUUGUUCUCUACAUUAAAAAAAAAAAAAAAAUUAGUAUCAAAAA